AUGCAAAACAUUCCUUCAAACAUAAACACCUCUUCAUCAUUACCAUCAUCCAAUCGAAGACCCUCUCCACCUUCCAACACACAAACUCCGAAUAUGAAUCAACAAAAUAUUGAUAUUAAUGCACAACAAAAAUAUUACAAAAUUGCUGAUCUCAAACCCAUGAUGAAUGAUUUUACGAUAACAUUUAUUGUUUUGGAACGGCAAAACACGAUCAAGACGAAAGACAAUCAUCAUAUAACCAAUUUUCUUGUAGCUGACGACACUGCUUUUAUAACUUUAAGUUUAUGGAAUCACAAAGCAGAUUAUAUUAAUGCGGGCGAUAUAAUUAAAAUUGUUGGAGCCCAAACUCAGCUUUGGCAAAAGAAUUGUAUUAAUUUAACAAGUGCAAGAAAUGCAACAAUUACUAGAGUCGGUGAAUUCUCAAUGAUAUUCAAUGAAACGAAAAAUAUGAGCGCUUUUGAAUGGGAGGAGAAUCCACCAGGCUCAAAAAAGUGGUAUCCAAAAGCUGUUGGUGCAGCUAACGUUAAAUGA